AUGUUGAAGUAUAUUUUGGUAUUAGCGUUUACAUUCCAGGCAGUCGUUGCCCGAACUCCAGUUCGCCAGUGUGCAGGCAAUCUUCCUUUGCCUAAUGCUGUAUUUUUCGAAAGUAGAACAAAUCCAUGUUUGGCAGAACCUUGUCUUCUAUCACGUGCGAGUGGUAGGGGUAUUACUUAUGUAGACUUUACUCCAAGAACUACUGCAAAUAGCAUCAUGCCUCGCGUUCGUGCAAUUGUAUUCGGUGGGAUUAUUUGGGAUCAAGAACUUCCAGCUGAAAUCGUCAAUAACCCUUGUAGUAUCUUGACACAAGGAUCCUGUCCACUACCAGCAAAUGUACAGGCGUCUUACCGAUUAGAGCUUCCAGUUGAUCCAUCAACACCUCUUAUUCCAACAGAUACCGAAGUCACUCUUUUCGAUCACAACAAUAAUGUCAUAUUCUGCUACAGACUUGACACACAACUUAGAGUUUACUAAAUUGAACAUUUAAGAGAUCAUUUCAUAAGAAAUUUAGUCGAAGAAAAUCGCGAACUUUCAUUACUGCCAUUGACUGAUGAUAUUGAGAGAGAAAUUGACCUGAAAGUCAAUGGAUUCUUGAACACAAUUAAAAAUGUUUCUGUGAAAAGAAAGAAACGUGACACUGACGAUGAUUUAGUGUUUGAUGAAACAAGUGAUGACAUCGUCAUUCUAAGAGGCUUUGAAAGCCGUGGUUAUGUCCCAAUAAACUUUCCUCAAGACAUUUGCAUGUUUUCCAUUAAAGGGAAAAUUUUCGCUGUUGGAUUAACUUUUGGGCAGAAUAUCACCAGCACUUUAAUUGAUGACGACACACCAGAUAAAAGAUCAAUGAUGAUUUUCAUUCGAGAAGAUGGAAAGUUUAGAAAAAUUAAUGAAUAUAAGUCAAAAUAUUUAACAAAGAUUGAUUGUGCAACUUCACAUGACGCUGGUUACAUUGCAGUUGUCAACAGCUUCAAUAAGUCAGAGGUUGAUGAUGAUGAUCAUCUUCUUGAAAUCUCAUCGUUUGUCAUGAAAAUUUCAUUGGAAGAAUCUGGUGAACCUGUGUUGGAAUAUUUCCAGAAAUUUGCAGUUCCAGAUCAGAAUUCUGUUCGUUUGUGGUCAUAUGGAGCGAAACUUUACUUAAUCUUUACGUACAACACUGGGCCAUCGACACCUCUAAGUGUUUGCACUCUAUAUAAUCUUGAUUCAACUGGAUUUAGUCCCAUCGAUGAUCUACCGUGUCAGAAUGCACACGUCGUUGAAUUCUUCACAGUAAAUCAUCAACUCAUGAUAUUCAUAGGCAAUUAUCAAGACAAUAAAGGAAGGACAAACACUUUCUCCUACAUAAUGAAAUACGAUUUAGAUAAGCAACGUUUCGUUGAACAUCAAAAAAUUUCCACAAAUGCAAUCGCUGUUUGUCGAUAUUUCUAUUUAGAUGAAGAUAAUCAACGACAACAUUUUCUUUUCAUCGGUAAUUCAUUUGAAGUGAAUGAGAAUGGUGAAGUUAAUUACGAUGUUCACUCGAUGAUUUACAAAGUUGCUAAUGGAUAUUUUAUUCCUUUGCAAACAAUAAAUACUUUUGAGAUUCAAGACAUGCUGCCAAUUAUUGGCGACCAUCAUGUCUUUCACUUUUUGAUCGCAAGUGAACAUCAAGAGGUUCAAAUUUAUUCUUACAAUGGAUGGAAGUUUGAAGAAUCACACAUUGACUUCACUGGUUAUGCUUUUGGUGCCGGUGUUGUUAAAUUGCGAGCUUUUGAUCACAUCAUAAAUGGAACAACAACUAUUGUGGUCGCUAAUCAAGAUUCAUUUGAUGAGACUUGGAAUCUUUCAAUGGGAGUUAAACAUGUCACAAGUAAAAUUCAGUUUAUAAAAGCGACACAACAAAGAAAAAAACGACAAACAACACAAAUGUUGGUGAGGAAAUUGAUUGUGAAUGGCCCGCUGAAUAUUGAAAUGAUUAAUGGACGUCCGAUCAGUAAUUUAGUCUACGUCGACAACAGAAGGAAUAAAAAUUUAAAGAACAUCAUCGCUAACAGAAUUGAUGUGUCGAAGGAACUUUUUGUGAAUGAGGGAAUCGGUGGAAUCGAGUUUAAAGAAGAUAAUGUUCUGCUUAAUCAACCAAGUCAGAUAUUAAGACCAUUCAUGAUACAAAAUAUUUCUGUUGAUAACAUCGCCAACAUUGAACAAGUCAAUGAAAUUCCAUUUGAUGACUUCUUCAAACUAUUGCGACGAAAACUCGAUAUAAAAAUUCCAAACACGAUUUCUGAGUUAACAGUUGACACGAUGACAAUCGGAAGAUUCUUAAACAAUCACAAUUUCACUGCAAUUGCAAUAAAUUCAUUGAAGACAUCUGGUGAUCAGAUGGUAAUGGGAAUGAUGAAAAUUGGUGAAUUAAAAACAAGAAGAAUUUUAUUCCAGAAAUUAAAAUCUGAAGAGAAGAUCUCAGGAGUUCCACUUGAAUUACUUGUUGACAUCAACGACACAAGAAGUGAACGAUCAUCAAUCAACCAAAAUGUCAGAUUCACUGAAGAUCUGAAUGUCAAUCGACUUUUCGUUCUACAAAGGAUCAACAACAUCAAUGUGAGGAAUGGAGAAUUUCAAGUCAUGAGAAAACGUGGCCCAGAAAUGCAAAUUGUGACUGGUGAGAAGUUUUUCGAUAAUAUCAAUCUCAAGUCACCGAUUCUACUCCGCGGAAAGAUUGAAAGUCAAACAUUGCAACGUAUGAAUCCAAUAUCAACAAUCAACAAAGAUCUUGUGCUUGAAGGUGAUUACACGAUUUCUGGUCCAGUCACAAUCAGAAAUGUUUUAAAUGUAACUGAAGAUAUCGUAACAAACGAUCCAAAUUUAACUCUCAGAAGACUUGUCGAAAGUGGAUUCAAUCUCUUCACAACUGAAGAAACGAAGAGUAAAUUAAUCUUCAACGAUGUAGUUAAAGUGAAAGAAAAUUUACAAGCUAAGUCGUUGAAUGAAAAACCUGUGGACAGUUUUGUGAAGAUGAAUGUUCGAGAGCUCCAAGUGAUUCGAGGAAAGAAAACAUUCAAAAAUGGUUUGAUGGUGCAUGGUGGGACAAUUCAAGCUGAUGUUGUAAAUGGUGUGGAUUUACAUGAACUAAACAGAACUUCAAUAAAGCGUGUUAGUUCUUCUACACAAUUUAUUGAUGGAAAUGUUGAAAUGAUUAGUCUUGAAACUCCAUCUUUGACGUCACCUAAUCUUGGACUCAAUGGAAAAGAUUUUAACUUGGUGAUGAAUGCAAACAAACAACAAAACAUUAAAGAAAUGAAUUUGAAUGUAUUGAAAGUGAGAAAUGUUAAUGUUGAAAAUUUAUAUCAAAGAGAAGGCGGAAAAGUUUUUGGAUCUGAUUUAGAGUUUCUUAUUGAUGACGCUGUUUUGAAAGGAUCAUCAUUCGAAACCGAAGUUAUUGCUCCGAAAACAUUCAGUACGUUGUAUGUUGAGCAUUUAAUGUUUUCUGAAACCAACGAAUGGAAGUCAAUCAUCAAAAAUUAUGAGCAAUCCAUGGCAGAAGAUGUCAAUGUAAGUGGCAAUUUGGUAUUUGAUAAGCCAUUAAGAAUUAAGAACUUGUUGGUGACUGGAACAAUCAAUAACAUUUCUGUUGAUGACAUGGCGAAUAAUUGGCUUCGUACUGAUGGUGAUCAAGAUUUUACUGCCCCUCAAACAUUCAGAUCAAUGGAAGUUUUGAAAGAUUUGAAACUGACAUCAAACACAUUGAAUCAUGUUGACCUACAGAAAUUAGUCAGUGAAUCAAUUUGGACUGAUGAGCCAUUCGCUGUUGAGAGCUUAACAAUUGAAGGAACAGCUCAUGUAGCAGGGAGAUUGUUGACCCCGACUAUAAAUGGUGGAACUUUUGGAGACAACUUGAUUCUUAACAACACAGCCAAUGAACAGAUAAUUAAGACCCUUGUUGUCGAUGAUACGCUCAUUACUGAAUAUUUAGGAUUCAACAGAGUGAAUGGCAUUGACAGCAAUAAAACCAUAUCAGCAUUUACUACAAACGAAAACCCAGCGAAUUUACAAGUUCGAGGCAAAAUUCUUUUCAAUUAUCAACCAGAAAUCCUCAACUUUAACGAAUAUAAUCUUCAAGAGCUUCACGAUAAUGUUUGGAUGGCUGAUACUGAUGUAGUUUUGAUUGGUGAAGAUAUUCAGUUUUUAGGAGAUGUGAAAAGUAAUGGAGCUAUUUAUGCGAACACUCUGAAUAAUUACAAUUUAGAUUAUUACAACGAAAAUUACUUCAGUCUCACUAAGAAUCAAAAUAUUGGCACUUAUCUAAAUGUUAAUGGAACUGCUUAUUUCAACAAAGCACUUUCUGCUCAAAAAAUAAUCGUUCCUGGAUUGAUAAAAUCUGACGUUAACGACAAAGGAUUCAGCAUUGACAACUUUGAAAAAAAUGUUCUUCGAAAAGAUGUUGAACAAACAAUACUUGGUGAAUGGCAUGUUAAGACGCUGCUUAUUGAAGGAAAUUAUAAUGGAAGAAUAAAUGGAUUUAAUUUUAAAGAUGACAUGUUGCAUCUUACAUCUUGGAAAUAUGGAAACAGCGCAUUCAUUGGCAGUGUCAAUGGAAUGAAAAUAGCACCAAAUACUAUUCUCACAAAAUCAGGAGAAGGUCAAGUCAUCAAUGGCGAUCUCACUAUUCAAACAAUGACUCCUGAAGGUUUCAGUACACUUUUCAUUGAUCAUCUCUUUAUUCACGAUUCAAUCAACGGAAAAAAUAUCACAGACAUAUUUGAAAAUACAUUAAAAUCCAGUGAUAGCAGAAUAAACUCAAAACAUGUUAUUUUCGAAAAACCUUUGAUAGCAGAUGAUGUAGAAACAAAUGAAAAAUUGUAUGGUGUACAAGUUUCAGAGUUCCUCAGAGAAUCUAAUGCUAGUCAUCAAUUGAUCAAGUUCCAAGAUAAUUUAAGAUAUUUAACAAAAGUCGGUGAUAAUCUCAUAACGUGCGUUGAUGAAGUGGCAAUCGAAUUGAAUCACUUUGAGUAUCAUCAGUCGAUACAUGGAGUAAAUAUUCAGAAGACAGUUCCAUUCUCAAUCGAUUACGAUUCAACUGUAGAAUAUGUCUUAGCUGUUCAUGAAAGAAACAUCAAUGCAUCAUUAGAUGUUGUCAGAUUUCAUAGAUGGUGUCGAGAAAAUCAUUCUUUUAUGUCUGAUGAUUCGUUGAUAGCUUUAUCAUUUAAUAUCAAGACACAUCAACUCACGAAGAUUGACAAAAUAAUUUUCAAAAGCAAAGACCAUUUAUUUGUUGAAAUUUUCGAUACACAAAAGAAAGAAUUUCAUCAAAGUUUGAUGUUGUUUGAUUCAAAAAGCUUAACAUUCGUAACAUUUCUUCAAACUUCAAGCAAUUUCUCUUCACAAUUCUUUACAAUAGAUGAUGGUGCUAGUUCAUGUUAUGGUUUAAUUUAUCCAUCCUUUGAGAACAUAAAUAUUAUUUGUGAAGAUAAGAUUCCAAUUGUACUAAAGACGGUGCCGAUUCGAAUGGUCUCAUCACAGAAUGGUGUUAUCAUUUUGCUGACUGACGAUCAUCAGCUUCAGGUUUGGUAUCAGCAUGAAAUUCGUCAAAUUUUGAAAGUUAUGAAGCCUCAAAGUUUUACUUCAAUUCGAUUCAAAGGAAAGUUGUAUUUGGCAGUAACAUCAGAUAAAGCCGAACAUUCAACACAUCACGGUUCAAUAGAAAUAUUUGAAAGCGUUAAAGAUGUCAAUUUCAUUCAAGUUCAAUCCUUCGAUUUAGAGAGUCCUUUCUCCGUUCAUUUUUCAGUGAUACCAUCUGAUGAUCUUUUGCUUUAUAUUCUUACGAAAAAUCCUGGAAAAUCUUUGAGCGUUUUCAAAUAUGCCGGAGCAAGUUAUUUCGAUGAAAUAAUAGAAAGUUCUACAAUAGUAGACAAUGGAAGUCACUUAAGUACCAUGAUAAUUGAUGUAAACUCAAAAACAAAAAAAAUUAAUGGAUCUGAAAAGAGUGUAAUAAAAUCGAAUCAUCGAAAGAACCACCAGAAUCUCUUAUCGAUAAGCAGAAUGGCAAUCAAAGUAUUUCCAGUGCUUUGUCGACGACGAGGAUGCUUACUCAUCACAGCAGGUUCAAUAAUCGUUCCUUUCACAAUCUUCAUUCUCAUCAUCAGUCCCGAUCUUAGGAUCGAACAGAAUUUAUCGCAGAAGUUGGCUGAAUGUCAAAUGCGCCUUCAAUAUUUAGAGUCAAUGUAUCGGACGAAACAGGAAGACGUGUCAAUAUUAUCUCAAUAUUUAGGCUUAACAGCAGCAAAUAGCAGCACAAGCGAUAAUAAUAGUGCGCUUAAUAACUUUAAUAGCGUCCUCGAAUCGCUAAGUCCCGAAUCGAAAGCAAUAAUAAGAAAUUUAACGAUGUCAUCGUCACAUCACCGCUUCUCGUCAUCGAAUCUCCGAUUGCCAUCAACUUAUCACUUUUUACCACAUCUACUUGAUGAUCCAGCUUCAUUACGGCCGGCAUAUUUGGUAUCGAAAGGUCGCACAGGUGUCUCAAUAGUUUUAGGAAUCCCAACAGUAAGGCGUGACAAACAAAGCUAUUUGUUGAGUACAUUAGACAAUUUAUUAGUGAAUAUGGACGACGAAGAACAAAACGACACGAUGAUUGUUGUGUUCAUUGGUGAAACUGACUUGGAGUAUGUUCGAGACCUUGCGAAGCAAAUUCAGUUUCGUUUCGCUGAACAUUGCGAAAACGGUUUAAUUGAAAUCAUUUCGCCACCAGCUUCUUAUUAUCCGAAUAUGGAUAAGCUUAGAAUAACACUUAAUGAUCCCAUCGAGCGUGUUAAAUGGAGAUCAAAGCAAAAUUUGGAUUUCGCCUUUCUAAUGGCAUACUCACAAAUCAAAGCGACAUUCUAUGUUCAAUUGGAAGACGAUAUUCUUGCCAAACGUGGAUACAUUACCAUUAUGAAACAAUUUGCUGUGGCAAAAACAGCAAAGCAGGAACAAGAUCCUUGGUUUAUCUUGGAUUUCUGCCAACUUGGCUUCAUUGGGAAAAUGUUUAAGUCAGCUGAGCUUCCAUGGCUAAUAACGUUCUUCCAGAUGUUCUACAAUGAUAAGCCAGUUGACUGGCUGUUAGAGCAUCUCAUUUAUACAAAGGUCUGCAACUGGGAGAAAGAUACGAAACAUUGUAAAUAUGAAAAAGCGAAGCUUUGGGUGCAUUAUAAGCCUUCACUGUUUCAACACAUUGGAAUGACGUCAUCAUUAAAGGGAAAAGUUCAAAAGCUUAAAGACCGACAAUUUGGAAAGAUUCCAGCUUUUUAUCCACAUAAAAAUAAUCCUUUAGCUCAAGUGCGUACACAAAUCAUGCCUUAUAAGAUCCACACGCUCAAUAAAGCAUACAGUGGUGACUCAUUCUUCUGGGGACUACUUCCGCAAGCGGGCGAUUAUUUGGAAUUUAUAUUUAAUCAGCCGACAGUUAUUAAGAAAUAUCUUUUUCGCAGUGGAAACCACGAACAUCCAUCAGACAAAUUUUACAAUACAACAGUGGAAGUGUUGCCAGAUCAAUUAAGUGAAGAGUCGAUUGUUUGGCAACAAUAUAACACAACAACUGAUGGUUAUUUAAUCGUCGGAAGCUUUAAUAGCUUUGGCGUCGCUGAAGGAACGUUGGAAAAUCGAAUUGGAAAACUUAGAGAGUUGAGACUGCAUGUCCAUAGUGAAAGUGAAAAUUGGGUGAUUUUAAGUGAGAUUUUCCUUCAAGACGAGAAAAACUCAAGUUGACCAUUUAACUAAAUAAAAAAUGUGUAAAACAUCUAAUGGAAUUGACCUUAAAACUAUAGAUAAUAAUAAAUAGCUGAAAGUGAACUAAAUCCUCCAAAGAUUGCCACAAAUGUUAUCCAAUAACUUAUAUUACUGAAUGUAGUCCUUAAAGCAUUUUUUUCAUUUUUCAUUUUUCGAAGAAAAUUUUAACUAAAAGAGAAUGAAAAAUUACAUCACAAAGAAUUUUUAAUCUGACAUUGAAGCACGUUUAUAACGUUACAUAUUUUUAUUAAUUAAAGCUGUGAUAAAACAUAAGAGACAGAUGGAGAUGUAAUGAUUGAUGACAGUCAUAACGUUGACUUAUUAAAUUAAUAAAUAUCAUGAAAGAGAAAUUCUUUCAAAUCUCAUUUUUUAAGAACGGCAAAUGAAGAAGAAAAAAUCAAUAAAAAAGCAGAAAAGAUUGGCAUAAAGCAUUACGGUUUUAAUAAAUGUUUACCUUAGUAGAUUGAUAAAAAAAUCUAAUAAAAUAUCAUUGCCUAUGUCUUUCUAACUUUCAUGAAAUUUGCUAUCAGAUGUAUGUCAGUCAAUGUUCAUAGAUUAAUCACUCAACUGUCAGAAAGGAAAUAUCUCAAGGUGGAUAUAAUUAUUGAUUAAUUAUUUUAUUAUAUUCAUUCAGAAUUAUAAGGGUCUGAGCAUGGAUAAUCUUAGCAGAUUACGUCCUUUCAUUGAAUAGACUUUGCUGUCAUAAUUUUAUUAAUUUAUUUUUUAUUUAUCUCAUUUAAUUUAUCUAAUGGACAUUUUCUUUUGAAUAAGGAACGAGUGAACGUUUAUAAUUUAUGUUUACAAACAAGGUGAAAGAUUGUUCAAUAUCACUGAGUUUACAAAAAGCUAAUUUGAAGCUUUCCAGAUUUCACUCGAUGGGAUUUUACAUUUUAUAAGUAGAUAACUGACGUUGUAAACGUUCAUUUCCUAAGAAUGAAGAGAAAGAUUAAAAUCUCAUUUUUUUGUGUAAGCAUAAAUGGUAAACAUUGCUUAAGAAGUCAUUUGUUUUACAAAACAACAAUUCACGGAAAAUUAAAAAACAUAAAAGCUUAAGAUUUAAUUAUUCUCAUUGUAUUUAAAGUAAAAAAUGAAAAUGUCUCCGUUGUUGUUGUUGUUAUUGUGUAUAAGUUAAAGAAAAACCUGAAAGAAUAUUUUUUAUGAUCAUAAAAGAAUAGAAAAGCUUGUUGUAGGGUUUUUAUUGUAGUUAGUUUUAACCAAGAGAUAAACCAAACACAGCUGCAUGCACACAAGCGUAGAGCUUGUUACAACGCCAACACAGGCUUUUGAAGUUAUUCAGAGAAAAAUAUUAGAAUUAAAUGUUUUGUAAACAUGAUACAAACCCUCGUAAGUGUAAAAGUUUGAAAACCCAAAAUAUUUCCUUCUCCCGCAUAUAGUUUGUGCAGAAAACAAAGAAGCAAACAAACAUUUUUGAGUUGAUGAAGAGAAUAAAACAAACAUGGAAUUUGUAAAUUUACAAAUGAG